CGGGCGAGCGAGGGGGCUGCAGCGCCGCGGCGGGGGUGUCGGCGGCCCCUCGUGAGCGAACAGACGCCGAGGCCGCGGCCGAGGUUAAGACAAGAGAAUGAAAGAAGUAGAUAACCUUGAAAGUAUAAAGGAAGAAUGGGUUUGUGAAUCAGCACCUGACAAUCAGCAUCGCAGUAAGAAUCGACAAACGGGUUUUGAGCAUGUUGCUGAUGGCCUUUUUGAGGAAGCUCAGAAGGUUGGAGCCAAGUGCUUGUCCUCCACAGAAAGGAACAAACAGGUAGAUGUAAAUAUAAAGUUAUGGAAAAAUGGAUUUACAGUCAAUGAUGACUUCAGAAGUUACUCUGACGGUGCAAGUCAGCAGUUUCUGAACUCCAUCAAAAAAGGGGAAUUGCCUUCAGAAUUGCAGAGAGUUUUUGAUAAAGAAGAAGUGGAUGUUAAGGUUGAAGAUAAGAAAAAUGAAGUGUGCUUGUCGACGAAGCCUGUGUUCCGGCCCUUCUCAGGACAGGGCCACCGGCUGGGAAGUGCUACACCAAAAAUUGUAUCUAAAACAAAGACUCUUGAAGUCAAAAAUAAAAAUGUUGCGUCUGCUGUCCCGCUGAACCACUUGGAACCCAUCACUAAUGUACAGAUUUGGUUGGCCAGUGGGAAGAGGAUUGUCCAGACAUUUAACGUUUCUCAUAGGGUAAGCCACAUCAAGGACUUCAUCGAGAAAUACCAAGGCUGUCAACGAGGUCCUCCCUUCUCCCUGGCCACGGCCCUUCCCUCCCUCCGGUUACUGGACGAGGCGCUGACGCUGGCUGAAGCUCAUCUGCAGAAUGCUGUUGUCAUUCAGAGACUCCAGAAGACGGUUGAGCCUUUUAGAGGACUUCCGUAGCACUGGCUUCUGAUAGGCCAAGUGGAACACUUGCUGUAAGUGGGCACACAAACCAAAGUGGAGAGAGAAAGGCCAGAUUGCCUGGACUUUUGGUUGGAGCACCAUUUGACUCUUCUGAUGAGAAGAUAUUUAAAUUGGUGCACGUCGGGAAAGUAGCAUAAGACUAGAAGCUAUAUUGUGGUGCUUUUCCAAAGGCCACACAGAAAGAAAAAAAUGUUUAUUUUCAAAUUCCAAUUAAUACACAUUACAUAUAUUAAAUAUCUGCAUUAUUUAGAGUCUUAAUAUGGAAAAAUUUAGGAGCUGUGUUCACAGCAUGUCACUUAAACAUCACUCCUAAAUAGCAGGGAUUUGUUUAAACAUUAGCUGUCUCCGAAUUUUUAAAUGGCAAUAUAUGAACAAAUUAAGGUAGGCUAGAAGCAUAAAGGCAAUUAUUUUCAUAAUUGAGAAGACCACAAGGGCCUGUUGUUUUAUAACCACACCUGUGCGUACACAUCAGCAUGGUCUCACUUUGCAUUCUGAAAUGGCGAGAUACUCAGGUGCUGAUAUGGCAUCAGUACCUCAGACGUGUUUUCACUCACAAAUGCAGUUAUGUAGCUUAGCCUAAGGCGGUACUAAUCUGUUCGCCAGGUUUCUAUACUUUCUUAAAAGCUGAUGUUGAAGAUUCCCCUGUAGGAACCCUACUUUGUCCCUAUUCUCAUUUUUUCAAAAAUCAAGGUUUUUUUGUUUUUUGUUUUUUUGUGAUUUGGGAUUAGUUGUUCAUCAACCAGCUCUCAGAAUCUAAUGCGUGUAAGGUCACAUCACUGAUUAAUGAGUAGUUUUUAAAAAUGUGUCUUAUAAAACAUGUUUUUCUAUUUUGUACACAUCAGCUGGCCUUGUGUUUAAAUUAAAUGAUUAUUUAUUACAUUCUGAUGUCACCAAGGAAAACAUGUUUCGUAGCUUGAGUUUUUAACUCAAACCAGUUGGAUUUCAGUAUUUCACUAUCAGAUUCCAUCUCCCCUGGCCUGAAAACGAGCCUAAAGAGCUUCUAUGCAAACCACCUGUGAGUCGAAUUUGGAGUGAGGUGUGCAUUGAGUGUGCAAGGGAGCUGGGGAGCGCGCUUCAGCAAAAACAUUCGCAGGAUGCAGGACAAGUGCUACUGAAGCCCAGGUGACACGCCUUUUCUUAUGUGGAUUUUGAUAUAUGACAUAUUCAAUACUAAACAUUAAAACGUGACAUCUAUUAUUUUAAACAUAGCUUCCAAGAAGAAAGGAUUUGAGGGAUUGUAUUCCAUUUCUGCAAUUAUUUUUUCUGUUUGAUGUAAAGAAGUCAUAAUUUGCAUAUCUGCUUCUACAUUCAAUCUAUUGUGCCAUUAAGACCUGACUAGAUUAGUGAAAAGAAGGCAGCAGCGCCACCUCAGUGUGCUGAUGAGAUCAUGUUGCAAUUACAAACCCCCUGAGUGGUUCUUGGGGAUCCCUGACCACAGUCUGAGGACCAAAACAGUGGUUCACAGUGAUGCUCAGGCCUUCACAGAAGGCUUCUCAAAUCCCGUUCCUCACGCUGCCUGCAGGUCUCCUGAUGUCUGCGUUCUUAGUCCUGAGGGAUUCUGAGGGCCGCCCUGAAAGUACCACUCACUCUUCGGGAAACCCUGCACUGAGCUGCAUAGGCCGGAAACUAAAUCCUGACCAUUUGACCAUGGGCAGCAAGAUUCCAGCUCAGGGGGCUGCUGCACUGGCUCGGUUUUACCCAGCUGUCCCGCAGUUUGCUCUCGUUCUGUUCCCCUUUACCACUGCACUAGUCACGGCGUGAGCCUGGGCACCGUAGGCUGUAGCACAGUCAAGACAAUGCUGGAAUGCUUGAGUGAAGUUCCUCGCAGAGACUCAGGAAUAUGUUCAUAGCUAGACGACCUGGCAGUCUGGUAGAAGAAGGCUUCCUCUCCCAGCAGCUGUCCCAGUGGUGGAUGCAGGAAGGCCCUUCCCUGCCCUGUUCCCAUCACCUCAGGAAUGCACAGGUGCUUAACCGAAUGCAAGUGUUUAUUGUCAGUCAUGUUUACACAGCAGUGUUCACUGCACUCCCUGGAGCCAAGCGAAAGUCAUGGCAUUGUGUAAAAUACUGAUAGGCUGGUACAAAUCAGUGAACUUUGACACCUAGGAAAUAUGAUUGUUGAUGUAUGUUCAGGAAUCUGUAAGAAAAUGUUUCGGGUAGGCCCUUUUCUGAGGCAUUUUCAUCUGCAUAAUUAUAAUCAGUCCAGAAGUCUUUGUUGAUCUCUGUAAGGUCCCCUAGGUGAUCUCAGUGAGACUGCUUUGGUACCUGAAGGAAAGCCUCCAGGCUGUGAUUAUUUACAGAAAACACAUGGCAGGGCCUCCUGUGUGGACCCGGGAGGCCCACGCCAGGGAGAGGCUACUGUGGGCAGAGCCACGGAAGCAAAAACUGAAUUCUGUUCGCUAAUAUGACUAAAACACAGAGGUUUUCUAAAGUAAUCAUAUAUAUAUAUGUUUUACUUGAGAGGUUCAAAGUUGUACACAUUGUGUAGAAUGCUCAGAAGAGGCUGACUUUGAAAAAUUAUUUAGUGAGGGCAAGGAGCAGGUGUCUUAAGUGUGCAGGACAGUUUGAGCUAAGCAGUCAUUUCACAAUUGCCAGCAGUUUCUCCAGAGAACUUGUUAGACCUAGCACAUUGAAAUCUGUUUUUGUUUUUUGUUUGAAUUUUACAGUUUAUUGGCUAAAGUACUGAGCAGUAUCCAGGUUAAAAUGUAACUCUACUUGAGAGCUCUCUCAAUGUGCUUGUUGUGACAUCUCAGUGUGUUGAUAACAUGUGUUGUAUGCAUUUAUUUCAGUGCCUUAAAAAAAAAUCCUGACAUCUUUAGCUAAUAAUCUCAGAGCUAUUCUCUUAAGGGUGAAAUGCUAUUGAUUCAAAAGAUCUGUCAAAUCAUUUGCUCUUAUUAUAAAGUCAUUAACAUCUAGCUGCGUCUGUCACUUUGAAUUGGCAAAGUCAUGGGAUUUGAAAAUGCAUCAUUUAUUUUGUGCCUGUGUUUUAGCCAAUGGAACGUCAUUUAAUACUAAGAAGUGU